AUGGACGACGACAUAAUAGACUACGGCCCCAACACUCCAAACCCUCGCGCGAACACCAACAAGCCUGAAGACCCUGAAGACAGUCUCACGCCUCUUGAGCAGGAAGUUCUGGACGAGUAUGCGAAGCUUGUUGGCAAUCUUGAUGAUUUAAGCAACGUCCUGUCAGACUUGGCAAGCAAGCCCUCGGCGGAGAUAUUGGAUGCGUUGAGGGGUUUGGAGAGGAAGACGACCACGGUGUUUACGCUGUUGAAGGCGAGUGUUUAUUCGAUUGUGUUGCAGCAGGAGAUUGCGGAUGGGGAUGGGAUUGGUGGGGAGUAG